UGGGGGUGGGGACAUGGAAGUUUCUGACUUCUACGACUGACUACGCGGGGACCCAGGCGCCCAGAAAAAGUGAAGACGAUCCAGCAGCCCUGCCCCGAAGAACGCUCCACCAGGGCAGAGGUGCAGGAAGGUCCGACCACAAUUGGCUGUAACGUGAUCCAAGCUCCGGCGGAAGGGUGGCCAGGGACGGAUCAAAGGGGCCGGUUCCCGAGCGCAGGAGAAACCACAGGAACUUCGCCCUCCUUAGGCCGAGGCCAGCGGGCGUUUCAGAGGAGGUGUAAUUUAAGCCCAGCUUCCAAGGUCACGCGGAGACGCCACAAAGCCUUCGAUGAAAGAACUUCUUCGGGGUUUGAAGGACAGGUGUCCUUCUUCAACAGCGCGGCUCAGGAAAGAAAGCGAGAAGGGGCGGGGCCUGGGGCCGCUGUCCGGCUUCGGCUUCGACUCGGAAACCUUCGGCCGAGGCUCGCCAUUCCCACCCCCCCAACUCCGGCCUCUGCCUCGAGCCCAGGACCGAUCCGGAAACAGCCGAGCGGAUCCGGAAACAGCCGAGAGGACCCGGAAGCUGUGAGCGCCGUCACCAGGCAGUGCGGGAACCCGCCGUUUGCGCUGAGGCGAUGGCGGCAGCUGCGCCGGCGGCCGCGGGCGAGGAUGGCCGGCGGCGACAGCCGGGGACCGCGCUGGACCCGCAACUCCAAGAAGGGGCAAAGCUUGAGGCCGAGUCAGGGGAGCUCGACCGGCUCCGGGCUGAGCUGGCAGGCGCCCUGGCAGAAAUGGAAACCAUGAAGGCUGUGGCAGAGGUGAGCGAGAGCACGAAGGCCGAGGCUGUGGCUGCAGUGCAGAGGCAAUGCCAAGAGGAGGUGGCCUCGCUGCAGGCUAUCCUGAAAGACUCCAUCAGCAGCUAUGAAGCCCAGAUCACGACUCUGAAGCAGGAGCGGCAGCAGCAGCAGCAGGACUGUGAGGAGAAGGAGCGGGAGCUGGGGCGCCUGAAGCAGCUGCUGUCCCGGGCCCACCCCCUGGACUCCUUGGAGAAGCAGAUGGAAAAGGCUCAUGAGGACUCGGAGAAGCUGCGGGAGAUCGUGCUGCCCAUGGAGCAGGAGAUUGAGGAGCUGAAGGCCAAACUGCUGAGGGCAGAGGAACUGAUUCAGGAGAUCCAGAGACGGCCCCAGGCCCCCCCUUCCCUGCAAGGCUCCACAGAGCUGCUCCUGUCCCGGGACCCUUCUCCGCCACUGGAGCCUCUCGAGGAGCUGAGUGGGGACGGGGGCACGGCGGCCGAAGCCUUCGCCCACAACUGCGACGACAGCGCCUCCAUCUCCUCCUUCUCCCUGGGCGGUGGGGCCAGCGGCAGCGCCUCCCUGCCCUGUGGCCGCCAGGGCCUGAGCCCCGAGCAGGAGGAGACAGCCUCUCUGGUGUCCACGGGCACCCUGGUUCCUGAGGGCAUCUACCUGCCCCCUCCUGGGUACCAGCUCGUCCCAGACAACCAGUGGGAGCAGCUGCAGAUGGAGGGGCGGCAGCUGCAGAAGGACCUGGAGAGCAUCAGCCGGGAGCGGGACGAGCUGCAGGAGGGCCUGAGACGGAGCAACGAGGACUGCGCCAAGCAGAUGCAGGUGCUCCUGGCCCAGGUCCAGAACUCAGAGCAGCUGCUGAGGACCCUGCAGGGGACUGUGAGCCAGGCCCAGGAGCGGGUUCAGCUGCAGAUGGCAGAGCUGGCCACCUCCCACAAGUGCCUGAGCCAUGAGGUCAAGCGACUGACCGAGGAAAACCAAGGGCUCCGGGCUGAGCAGCCGCCGUCUUUAGCUGCCCGGGGCUUGGAGCCGGAUGAGGGCCAGGAGGAGACGCUGCCCAAAUCACUGCCGGAGCUGCAGCAGCUGGUGGUCCGCACGCAGCAGGAGGCGCGGGCCCAGCAGCAGGCCCGGGAGCACGAGGCCGAGCGGCUGCGUAUCGAGAUUGUGACGCUGCGGGAGGCACUGGAGGAGGAGACGGCGGCAAGGGCCAGCCUGGAGGGGCAGCUGAGGGUGCAGCGGGAGGAGACAGAGGUGUUAGAGGCCUCCCUGUGCAGCCUGAGGAUGGAGAUGGAGCGGGUCCAGCAGGAGCAGAGCAAGGUCCAGCUCACAGACCUCCUCUCGGAACAGAGGGCAAAGAUGCUGCGGCUGCAGGCUGAGCUGGAGACCAGUGAGCAGGUGCAGAGGGAUUUCGUACGGCUGUCCCAGGCCCUGCAGGUGCGCCUGGAGCGGAUCCGCCAGGCAGAGAGUCUGGAGCAAGUCCGCAGCAUCAUGGACGAGGCGCCCCUCAGGGACAUCAGGGACAUCAAGGACACCUGAGGGGCCAGCACCUGCCCGCCCGUGGGGGAGAUCACCUCUCUCCACUCCUGAACUGUGAGGCCGAGGCUUUUGGGGGGGGGGGGUGUCUCAGAAUGGAGUCUUCACCCUCUCCAAGCCUGGGGUUGAGGUGACAGAGCCACCGCUGUCCUGUCCCUCGUGGGCUGCCUCCCUGGGGAGGCCGAGCCUUCUGCUUCCAAAGAUGACCCCUAGGUGAGGGUCCCCAACCCCUGCGGGAGCCCAAGGGCAGGCUCGGGCCUUUAGCUUUCUGGCUGCCAUGCUGCCUCCUGGGUCCCGACCCUCCCGCCCCGGCCCACCCCAGCCACACUAACGGCCACGCCUGUUACCACUCGUCCCCUUUCCCGAGCCACCGUCGAGCUGAGUUGGUGGCUGGGAGGCUCAGGUCAUGUCCCCGGGUCCCGCCACACAUGCAACCCCGGACAAGUGGCUGCUCCGUGGACUGCAUGACACUAAGAUGCUUGUCCCCAGGGGCCCAAGCCGAGCCCCAAGAUGUGUGCGGAGACAAGGAGGCCAGAGUUUUCUGUCAUUUAUUUUCAAUAAAUAAGCAGCUCAGCUCAA